AACGUUGGUAGUACAGUAGACUGGAUUCUUGUUCUCUUUCUCGUCUCAUGUGUUGUUUGUGUUAUUUUCGCCGAACUUGAACGGUUACGACCAGUAGAGUGAUUUUUACCAUCCUUCUUAAUGUGUUGUUCAACCACAAAUUCGUUGUUGUAAUGGCAGCUUUUCGUUUUCCGGCGAUGGUCAAGAUAGUUGUUCCGGGACUUGUUUUGCAUUGGUGAACAAGGUUAGGUUCUUCCUGACGGUCUUGUAACUAUAAGUAUAAAGAAAAAUGGCCAACCGCACCGUGAAAGAUGCGAAGUCAGUGCGAGGAACAAAUCCACAGUACAUUGUAGAAAAGAUUAUUCGAUCAAGAAUCUACGACAGCAAGUAUUGGAAGGAAGAAUGCUUUGCCUUGACAGCUGAGUUAAUGGUUGACAAAGCCAUGGAACUUAGAUUUAUUGGUGGAGUUUUUGGAGGAAAUAUUAAACCUACACCAUUUCUUUGUCUCAUUCUGAAAAUGCUUCAAAUUCAACCUGAGAAAGACAUUAUUGUGGAAUUUAUAAAGAAUGAGGAAUUUAAAUAUGUUAGAGCUCUUGGUGCAACCUAUAUGAGACUCGUUGGCACGUCAAUAGACUGUUAUAAAUACUUAGAACCCCUUCUAAAUGAUGGCCGUAAAUUACGGCAGCAAACAAGAGAAGGUGCUUAUGUCCUAACUCACAUGGAUGAAUAUAUUGAUAGCUUGCUCCGUGAUGAAAGAGUUGUAGAUGUUAUUCUGCCCCGUAUCCAAAAAAGGUAUGUCUUGGAAGAAAACAAUGAGUUAGAACCUAAGAUAUCAGCUUUAGAUGAUGAUCUUGAUGACAACAUGGAGUCUUCAGGGGAUGAAGAUGAACCAAUGGAAACCCUCCCAAUAGCCAAAGAGGAGAAGAGCCGAAGAUCUCCACUUGAGAAAGAGAAGACACGGGAUAGAGACCGUCGCCACAGAAGCAGAGAGCGGGACAGAGAUAUCAAAGCCAGGGAUCGACGUCCUGAAGAAAAGAAGCAUAGAAGUCGCAGCCGUGAAAGAGAGAGAGAAAGAGUACGAGACUUUGAGAGGGAUCGCGACCGAAGACACCGCUCCAAGGAGAGGGAUCGAGACCGGGGACACAGACUAGAAAAGGAAGAAAGGAGGCACAAAGAAAAAGAUAGAGGAUAUGAAAGAGAACGUGAUCGUGGUAGAGAAAAAGAGAGAGAAAGAGGUAGGGAUCGGGAUCGUGGCAGAGACCGUGAGAGGGACAGAAAUCACGACGGAGAUCGUGCAAGAUACAGAUAAUUACUUUAUCUUGAACAAUGUAAUUUUUACAAGAUUUUGUCUUUGAUUUGUCAGUCUGAAAACGGAAAUGUACAUUUCAUUGACAGGAAAUUACUGAUAGUGAUGUGACUUGACAUAUUUUUCCUGCAUUUUAGUAAUGUUUCUGUGCUUACUUUUUCUUUUACAUUCUAGCAUCUGGAUUGUAAUUAAAAAUCUACUCUGUUAUUAAAAAGUCAAUUUUUUCUUGUGUAAUCACAAUUGUAAUGAAAUGGAUGUUAACAUUUGGUAUGAUGUGAAUGUAAAUAAAACACACUUGGUAAGAAAUAUA